AUGACUGAACCCAUCCAGCUCAAGCUCGCCAGCGAGUCGCGACUGGACCCCAAGCCUCACGGUGGACUGCUGACCUACAAUCCCAGCAUUGAGCUUUUCGCCGGGGCCGCUGGACCCAACACUUUGCAGGUAUGGCGAUCGAACGGCCAAGUCGUCAUCAAGAGCAGCCAACGUGGCGAACGCGAGGUGGUUGAGGCUGUUCGCUGGAAAUCCGACGGCCAGUUCCUCGCCGUUGGAUGGAGUGAUGGCGUCGUGAGAUUGAUGGGCCUGGAAACCAGCAAGGCUGUGCAUCAGAUGACAGUACGCAAGGCUGGCCAAUCCAAGAUCACCUGCAUAGGUUGGACGAAGAACAACGCUGGCAGGCGUCCGAAUCCGGCAACCAAGUCUUCCGUCACCACCUGGGAGAGACUAGCAUCGCAGGGACUCGAUGCACACGGCAAGAAAGCGGCAGUGGAUUUGCCGCGAGAACUCACAUUUCUCGAGAUCGAGACUGCUCUGCCAAAACUCAGCCCUCUGCCGGCAUCGGGGGGUUCUGGAGAUGACAUGUUCGUCUUCACAACGCGAGCAUCGCUGGAAUCUCUAUUUCCGCCCUUCUCCCCCGAGGAAAGCGACAAAGUCGACGUCAUGAUCGUCGGUACGGAUGAUGGCCGCAUACAUAUCAGCAUAUACGACUCCUUCAUCAUCGGGAGCUUCAACUACACGCUGCCUCAACCCUCCGGCAAGCCCAGCUCGUUGCAGCUUUGCCAUCAUGCAUCUCACCCUGACCUAUCGACACACAUGCUUGUCUUCAAACCAUCCGGAGAAGACAAAACAAGAGCUAUCUACCUUGUGCCAAUGGAUUUGACGUUCAUCCACUCGUCACCCGAGAACUUGUCCCUGCUAGCAUCCAAGACCACCACUCUACAGAAGUUACUGAGGUAUGUCAAGCAGGUGCAAAUGCACAUGAUACACGAGUGGCAGUCGACUCGAGAAUUGCCCAAUCGUUUCGUGAAUAGUAUCAACGAAACAUUGCGUGAAACCGGGAAUUACGGUGAGAUGAACAUUGGUCAAGCAUUGUAUCAUUCGGUCGUCACAGGUCAUACAUUUCCUGAAGUCAAGGAAUGGCUAGUGGACCAACUGGCUGAACGUGGCCACAAGCGAUGGGACAAGGCUGUUAUCUCUGGCUUGCAAACACUCCGUGCUCUGGUUCAUGAGAACUUUUUGCCCGCGCUCGAACGUAUAGGAAUAAUCCUCAGUCGUCUGCUCGGCAUCGCACGAUUCCACGAAUUGAAAGCCGAGAUCGGCUUCACCAGUGCGCAGAUAACGAAGGUUAUGGACAUCGUUUCUUGCUUGAUGCUGGUGGGCAACAAGAUUAUGCUGCUUGCCAUGGAGGAGCUAGAGCUGUUCCAAGCUUUUUCGACAUGGCUCCGCCACGAGAUCGACCGCCUGGCAUCUUCUUCGAUAACAGAAGAGCUCUCCGAGAAAGAAGCUACCAUGGAGCACGGGAAGGUUCUGGCUUAUAUCCAACAAUACCUGCCAGCGAGCCCACUCCGCCAUUACCUCAGUAGUGCGCCUGCGGAUGACGCAGAGCGCGACCGCAAGCAAGCUGAGGGUGGUACUUCUCUUUUAGACUUGCUAGAGAGACAACUCAAGAAACAAGAGGCAGGACAGCUCGACACCGGCACAUUUCCGCAGGUUGAGUUCCUCUGCAAAUAUUUAGACAGCAAGAGCAGCAGCGUUUUUGAAGGGAUCGCAGAGGCAGAAAAGCGGAGUGUACGAUUCGGUUCACUCGCUAUGAUCGAGCUGGAUCAUGCCGUCUCUAGGUUUGACGUGAGACUGUCUGCAGUACAAGCAGCAGACUCCUCAGAGGGUUUGACGUUUACAGCCGUUGCUACCGAGGUGGAAGAGAACCUUGUGUACAUAUUCCGCACCGCUACGACUAUAACCAACGGUAUCAGCGGCUCUGUCACGAAAAGUGUCACGUGCAUAGUUCUCGGUAACGGCAAGGUGUUGGACCUCAAGUUCCUCUACGACGACUGUCUGCUCGUGCUAUGGGCCUCCAAGGGGGAGCCUCUGCGCCUCAUCUACAUACCGCACAGGUCCCAGGAACUGGGUUACCAAGCCUACACUUCAGCACGUAAUAUCACACCCCACGUACUCAGUAACGAGCAGGUCACUAGCUUGUUCUUGAACAUGACCAUGCCCUGCGAGCCGGCAUUUGUGCCGGCGCAGAUGGAGGUCAAGGAGGCCAGCUUUAACCGAGGCAAGCUGCCGCCCCGGGUCUGUCUGCUGGGCAGCGAUAUGCAGACGUACAAGAUCUUUGCGCUGCCGGAAGAUCCAUUCCGAGUACCUGCUGCGGGAGGUGCAUGA